AUGGAAGGUAUCAUGUUUUGUGGAAUCUCACAACCACGAUCUGACGCCACCCCAAUUUGUGCAUCUGGUACCGGCCAAUCGUCGUCUAACUGUCCUGAUAGAGUCCAAGUGGAAAAUCUUCAUAAUUUUGGUGUCAAGAGCUGCCAUAUUAUGGGGUAUAUUGCAUUCCAGAAGGGUGGAUAUCGUCAUGCUGGCUUCACACGGAAAGAUUUGUACAACCACAUCGAUCGCUAUCGUCGGGCAAAAGUUAAAAACGGGGAUGCCAAUGCGGCAAUAAACUAUUUGAUUGGCAAGUCAAACAACGAUCCACUGUUCUUUGGAAAGUAUACGUUCACUAGUGAUGAAAGGCUGGAGCAUAUUUUUUUGGCAGAUGGGCAGUCAAUUAUCGACUAUCACUGCUUUGGAGAUAUUGUUGCCUUUGAUUCAACCUACAAGAAGAAUAAAUACAACAAGCCUUUGGUCAUUUACUCUGGAUGCAAUAAUCACGGGCAGACUGUUAUCUUCGGCUCCGGCCUACUAUCUGACGAAACCACAGAGACGUAUAAGUGGUUGUGGAAACCUUUGUUGAAGCGAUGGGUGGAAAAAGUCCAAAAGCAGUAA